AUGUCAACGGAAACUACUCUUGUCAACAUCGACAAGGCGCAGUUUUAUAAAAGGAAAUCUCAGUCAAUUUUCAUGCAUGCGCAAAGCAUUGAAAGUUCAUUGACCUUCGAUCGAAUUUCCCUGAUGGCUGAAGAAGAACUUAGUUUGCGACUGGAGUUGCUGAAUAAAACCGAAGUCUCGUUUAACCUGGCUCAUGGGUCUCUCGAAGAGCUUGACUACGAUGAAAUCGGUAGUCCGCUGCAGGAUGAAUUUGAGGAAUUGAUUUUAUCCGCAAAAUCAAUUGUGCUCCAGGAGAUUGGUAAGCGUAAGGUGGCCAGUUUGCCGUGCUCAACGUUGCGCCAGGAACCCGCCAUGGAUUCCGCUGCUGGUCAGCCUAACAAAAGGCUUCGUCUCCCGGAAAUUAAAUUGCCCGAAUUUAGUGGUGGCUACACCGAAUAUGCCAACUUUUUCUCCAUGUUUUCGACCAUCAUCGAUCAAGAUCCUGAUCUUUCGCCCGUGGAAAAGCUCCAACAUUUGAAGUCGUGCCUGAAAUUCUCCGCAUUGGAUUCUGUUCGCUCGCUGGAUAUUUGCAAUGAUAACUAUGCUGUUGCUCUGGAUUUGCUCAACAAACGCUUUAACAACAAACGUCUUAUUUUUCAGGCACAUAUCGCAGAGAUUUUGGGCAUGCAGAAGGCUGCGCCAUCUCCAACUUUGGAUACUUCGCAUAGUUCCGCAAACUCAUCAGCUCCCUCGCAUGCUACCGCUCUGAUCGCCCAAAAUCCUCAAGCCGAUUAUGUGCUACUAGCCACUGCGAUUGUAAACAUUCAAAGCCGUUCUGGCACCUGGGUGCCAUGUCGUGCACUUCUUGAUGGUGGUGCUCAGCUUCAUAUCAUUACUUCCCGAUUUGCUCAUCAACUUCAGCUUCGUAGAGAAAAAUCGUCUACUCUUGUCUCCGGACUUGGAGAUUCUAAAUUCGACUCCGAUGGAGUAUCGGUGCAAUUUAGCUUGAAGUCCCAAACUUCAAAUUAUACAACCAGGAUCUCUGCUUUAGUUGCUCCAACGAUUACGGGAAACCAGCCUAGCCUGCCUAUGAGUCCGGAGAACUGGAAUAUACCAGCAAACCUUCAGCUUGCCGAUCCGGAUUUCCACAAACCUCAAAAAAUUGACUUAUUGAUUGGAGCAAGUCUUUUCUUUGAGCUUCUUUGUGUGGGUCAAAUAAAACUCACUCCUGGUCUUCCUUUGCUGCAAAAAACCCGUCUAGGAUGGGUCGUCGCAGGAGGUGGCUCAGAACACCGUGAAUCAUCGGCUCUUGCAGCUCAGACGUCUGUAUCUUCCGUGGAAGAAGUUGAGUCGCCAUUGGAUGAAAUACUUCGACGCUUUUGGGAAAUAGAGAGUGUUCCUGAUUACGCUUGCAAAUUUUCCAAAGAGGAGCUCGAAUGUGAGGAACAUUUCAAAACCAACUUUGCUCGCCUGGCUACCGGAGCAUACUCUGUUCGCCUUCCGUUAAAGCAUAGCUUGGAUAUGCUCGGAGAUUCUUAUGCUCACGCUUAUCGUCGUUUUUUGAAUUUGGAACAUAAACUUCAACGUCACCCGCAGCUCAAGUCUCAAUACUCGGCUUUCAUUCGUGAAUAUUUGGACUUGAAUCACAUGUCACUCGUUAGCAAAGAUUCGAUUGGUCUUUGCCAGUAUUAUCUUCCCCAUCAUUGCGUUUUCAAAAAGGACAGCACCAGAACGAAAUUGCGUGUAGUUUUUGAUGGGUCUGCCCGAACGUCGUCUGGAUCUUCCUUGAAUGACGUCCUUAUGGCUGGUCCUACCAUUCAGCCUAAACUAUUUCGGACUCUGCUUCAGUUCCGAACGUUUCCUGUGGCCCUGACUGGUGACAUUUGCAAGAUGUAUCGUUGCGUUCGAGUUGCCGAGCCCGAUAGUUUUCUGCAGUGCAUUCUUUGGAGAGAUUCACCAAGCCAGGAGAUACAAGUUUACAGGCUGGAUACAGUAACUUAUGGAACCAAGCCUGCAUCAUUUCUAUCUGUCCGGGCCAUGCAUCAGCUUUCUAUUGAUGAGGAGAAUUCGUAUCCCAUUGGCUCCCAAAUUCUCAAGCGGGAUUUUUACGUUGAUGAUCUGAUUACUGGUGGCAACUCCGCUCAAGAUGUUUUAGAGAUCAUGCGUCAAACCCAGGAAUUGCUUGGAAAAGGGCAGUUCAAGCUGAGAAAAUGGUGCUCUAAUGACCCCGUUGUUCUUAAGGAAACACCCGAGCCAGAAAGGGAAACAUUCCUGAAGUUCGACGAUGGAAGCGACAUUACCAAAACGCUGGGGCUCGCUUGGGAUCCUACUUCAGACGUUCUAAUGUUUUCUUUCUCUCCCAUGCAGCGCAUCUUAAAACCUAGCAAGAGGUCCAUGCUGUCCACAAUAGCCCGCUUCUAUGACCCCCUCGGCCUCAUCUGCCCUGUCAUAACCAAAGCAAAAAUCUUUUUGCAGCAGCUUUGGAAGGAGAAAUUGGAUUGUGAUGAGAGCCUUCCCUCUGCGCUAAAUUCGUCUUGGCUGAAGUUAACAGCUGAUAUUGCUUGCACCCAGCAAAUGAAAUUUCCUCGCUUAGCUGUUCAGCCUGCCGGCAUCAUAGAGCUCCAUGGUUUCAGCGAUGCCAGCAUAAGUGCGUAUGGUGGCUGUAUCUACGCUGUGUCUUCAUCACAAGGUCGUAGAGAGGCUCAGCUACUUUGUGCUAAGUCUCGUGUGGCUCCGCUGAAGACGCUUACGAUUCCCAAAUUGGAACUUUGUGCCGCUCUGAUGCUGUCUCAACUCAUCCGAGAAGUCCGUGAUAUGAACGUUUUCUCUUGCCCGUUCUUUUGCUGGUCCGACUCGUCCGUCGUACUUUCGUGGAUUAAGGAUGAGCCCUCCCGGUUCCAAGUCUUCACCGCAAACCGAAUUGCUUCGAUACAGGAGCUGACCAACGGAAUGGAUUGGCGAUAUGUACCCACGUUUUGUAACCCAGCUGACAUUUUGUCAGGGGAUCACUUCCAAGCGAGCUGCUUGAGUCAUCGCUAUGGUCAAGAGGUCCAUCGUUCCUGUGCAAUGACAGAAUUCACUGGCCCGCCCCGCAUUCUGCCAUCACUCCGUUACCAGAAAUGA